AUGCCUUCCUUUGCGGGAGCAAGACACUCGAGAGAUUAUUCCUGGGAAGAUCUUGCUUUCGAUACGCCAAUCAGUCCCUCAACUCCUCCCGAGCUUACAUUUGACAGCUCAAGCGACGAUGAAUCCGGGCCUGCGACCCCGAUACCCGAAGCAGGGCUCUCUCGUCCAGUUGGCAGCGUGUACUCGUGUCGACCAUUCUGGAAGGCACAUGUGGAUACUGGGGACGUCUUUGAGACGCCGCUGAGCAAAAACAACAGACGCCAAACGGGUCGCAUCCCUAGCAAUCUACCGUCGAUAGAGCACGUGCUGCGCGACGCAGGUAUUCCCAAAGGUAGAGGUCGCCGCAAAAUAAGACGCUAUCCAAAUGCACACCCUGCAAAGCAGUCGAGAAGCCCAACGUCCCUAGACCGGUUCAUUCCCCAACGAGAAUUCACAAACCCUCCUUCGACUUCGUUUCGGGUGUCUAAGAAUCCUCGCGAGCUAUCACCAGACGAAAAGCUUUUACGACGACGCUCAAAAAGGGUAGAUCCAUUCCGACCUACUCGCACAGUGAGAUCCAUAAGCCCGAGACGAGGCGCUCAGCACAUACGCAGCCCUCACUACAGUCCUCAUCUGGUUAAUGACUCGGCCAUCGCAGGGUCGAUCAAUAUACAAGGGACAAGGGGUGCUGGUAGACAAGUCAGCUUCGGGGCUGUCUGGAACGUUGGGGGCAGAUCAGCAGCGCAGGGUAACCAACCAACUGUGGCAGUACCUGAUGGCAAUGGUGGCCUCCUUAGCAGUGGGACGACAGCUCCUAUGCAUAUUGCCGAAUUCUUCUCGAGACCUACAUCACCCGAAGUGCCUGAGAGACACGAGUCACGUCUAGCCGUUGCGCUUGAAAUUGACCCUGCAUCUCGACUGCUGAACACAUGCAACUUGAGCCCGCCAUCCGAGUCCACAUCAAGCCCAUCCUCCCCUGGCCACGACCAAUUUUCACCUUCUGUUUGGAAAGACGGUGCUUGGAUAAGAACAGAUGGAGAUCAGGGAUCAAAGGCAGCAACAAGAGAUCACAGUGAGAAAGCCGUACCGACUCAGCCUUUCCGGAUAUUAGAUGCUCCUGAUCUUCGCGAUGAUUUUUAUUGCUCACUCUUGGCAUAUUCAGCCACCACAGGAUACCUAGCAGUCGGCCUUGGUCAUCAUGUCUUUCUUUGGAACGAAGCUCUGGCAAAGCUGCGUGCACCACUCCGAGAACAACACCCCUCGAAUCAUGUGACAUCUCUGUCCUUUUCCUCCGAAGAUGGUGAGAAAAGCAUCUUGGCUGUUGGCAGACGAGGAGGCACAUUGACCUUGUGGAGUCCAUUGGACACUGCCAACGUGCGGUUUGAAAUCGAGCAUCGGUACCCGAUUACGUGUGUAUCUUUCAAAUCAACCCAUUCGCGCAGGUCUUCUCAGAAAUUUGACUUCGAGGUUGAUGUCGAGGAUCUUGUUGUUGGUGACGAGUUCGGUAAUGUUUGGUACUACUCGGUGGAAUGGCCGGAUAAUAGCGUACGGGACAGAUACUACUGGAACGGAGCCUUGACCUUGCUUGCUAAGAUAUCUGCCCAUACUCAGUCGAUCUGUGGUUUUUCGUGGUCUCCCGACGACAUCUAUCUUGCGACUGGUGGAAACGACAACUCCUGCUUGCUCUUUGACCUCCGCGAGAUUAUCCCAUCACAGGAACCUCAGGAAGUCCGAUGUGAAUCACGGUCUUCCUACCAUUCCCAGUUGUCUCAUGGUACGACGCGAUGCCAGAGUGCUUUGUCUUGUGACAGUUCGCAAACCACUGUGCGACAUAUAUUCAGCGGACGGCACCUCAUCAGUCAUUUGAUUCCCUCCUGGAUUCAAGCUCGAUUCAGUCCCUUAGCAUCACCCAUUCUCAACUAUACCACUAACGUAAUUUCGGGAGACCAAACGGCUUUUGUGCCGCUUAACAGCCACAAACGUCGAUUCUUUCAUUCUGCAGCAGUCAAGGCCAUCGCAUUUGCUCCCUGGCAGCCAUCUCUCCUCGCGACGGGAGGUGGUACGAAUGAUCGAACAAUUCGUUUCUUCCACACGCCGUCUGGGUCCUGCUUGGCCACGAUCGAUGUUCACUCUCAAGUGACCAGUUUAAUUUGGAGCAAUACCCACCGAGAGAUUGUUGCGACCUUUGGCUUUGCACGACCCGAACAUCCAAUCCGAAUUGCUGUCUUCGCGUGGCCCAGCUGUGAGCAAAUUGCAGCAAUACCAUGGGGCCCCGGCGGGACUAGUUGGGACGGCGUGACGAACAAUGAAUUUGUUGAAUGCGGACGGGCCCUCUAUGCGAUUCGUUACCCCGGGUGCCCGCGAUAUUUAACAACGGAGGAACAAGAGAGGUGCUCGCUCGACACUUCGAGACCAGUUACUCCGAACGUGAUGAGCCGAGAUGGGUCGACUGUGCUUUGUCCACGUCUCAGAACACCGGUAGAACCGAAGGCCAAAGAGGGAGGGUUAUGGUGUUCACGGACAUUGAAGGAGGGCUGCAUUAUCGUCGCAUCUACCGAUAAAACGGUCAAAUUUCACGAGGUAUGGGGUGCAACCGGCAAGACGACAGAUGAUUCUAGCCCUCUUGGAGGGAGUCCGCUUCUGGAAGAGUUUGAGGGUGUUGAAACGCUUGGAGACGAGGUUAUUCACUGA